GGGGUGACUUUGUCACGGGCCAGGACGAUGCUCUCCAUCACCCCGGCCGCGGUCCUGGUGCUGCUGGUCGCCUCCGCGGAGUUGUCACUCUUCCCCAUAGCGGCCGAAGGUAUUUUUUAUGUCCUUUAAAAAGUAUUUCCGAGUCAUGGAGUCUGUCACUGCCGAGGAGCUCCCUGAAGAGGAAGAGGAAGAAGAGCAGGAGCAGCUAUUGAAGCGGCAUCGGAAGGAGAAGAAGGAGCUGCAGGCCAAAAUUCAAAGCAUGAAAAAUGCGGUUCCGAAGAAUGACAAAAAGAGGAGGAAACAAUUGAUUGAGGAUGUUGCUAAAUUGGAAGGAGAAAUGGAACAGAAACACAGAGAAGAACUGGAGCAUUUGAAGCUUACUUCACAUGCAAAGAAUAAGAUAGACUCUGUUGUCGUUAACAUUGCAUGUUUGGAUAUUGAGAAUCAGCAACCUCGGAUAUCAAAAGCACAGAAGAGGCGGGAGAAGAAAGCUGCAUUGGAGAAGGAAAGAGAAGAAAGGAUAGCAGAAGCAGAAAUUGAAAACUUAUCUGGAGCCAGACAUCUAGAAAAUCAGAAACUUGCACGUAUUUUGGCAGCUAGACAUUUAGAAAUUAAACAGAUUCCAUCAGAUGGCCACUGUAUGUACCGAGCUAUUGAAGACCAGCUAAAGGAACAGGAAUGCCUCCUGACUGUAGCCACCUUAAGAAGUCAGACCGCUGAAUAUAUGCAAAACCAUGUGGAGAACUUCCUGCCAUUCUUAACAAAUCCUAAUACAGGAGAUAUAUAUACUCCAGAAGAGUUUGGAAAGUACUGUGAUGAUAUUGUAAACACAGCUGCAUGGGGAGGUCAACUUGAGUUAAGGGCUCUGUCUCAUAUUUUGCAAACACCAAUAGAAGUAAUACAAGCAGACUCUCCUCCAAUUGUAGUUGGUGAAGAAUAUUCAAACAAACCUUUAACACUCAUAUAUAUGAGACAUGCCUAUGGCUUAGGAGAGCAUUAUAAUUCUGUGAAACAACUGAUGGACUCAGCUACUGAAAAUGGUAGCUAGUUCAUGAAGUUGGUGCAAUUAUAUAUUGGUUCUGUGCAGCAUGACUGUCUGGGCAUUCAUAUCAAGACCUAGAUUGUUCCAAAGGGAAUUGAAUCUCUUCUUUUUUAAACUUCUUUCUCCUCCUUUUCCUCUUCCUUCUCUUCCAGCUGCUCUUCCUCCUCUUCCUUCUUUUCUCUUCCUCUUUUUUUUUUUUUGCAAAGCUUCUAAUGGAUUUUGAACACACAUCAGAAAUAAACUCUAACUAGUUUCCACUUAGUGGCAUUUUUAAAACUUGUUUAGAUGCAUCAUGUGAGAGCAACAUAGGCAGAGCAGGUUUAGGACAAAACUUCCAAAUAUUGCUAUUUAUUAUAUCCUAAAGUAGAUUUCCUCUAACCUACACUGAUAUAAAUUUUAAAUGGUCAUAUUUUUAAAUGUUAGUAAAAAGCUUCCAGUAUCUUUCAGUAUAACUAUUGAAGAUAUAAUACUCAGCAAUUAUGUGGUAAUGGUGAGAGUGAGUUCUGAUACUCCUUUCAGAUGAGAUUGAAUGCUUAUCGCUUGGUAUUACUGAUAGAAUGAUCUGAAUUUUUUCCACAAUGUUAUUUUUAUAAGAUUAAGGUACUGCUAAGAGCAUACUUGACUAAUUAAGAAUUUAAUAGUAUUUAUGCAGGUGCAAAUCACUUGAUUAAAAGAAGUGGAUAAGGUGAAAGGCCUUAACACAUAACAAUUUAUGCCUAAAGUAUGACACUUCAUUUAAAAAAAAAUGUAGUUACUGAGUUGUCUCCUACCCCACCCCCAAGUUUGCUUUUAGAUUUAUCUUAAUUCAUUAGAUAUUUAUUGCUAUUUUUAAAGGCUUAUACUCUGCAAUUAAUACUAUACAUUUGUGAUUAUAUUAAAAAGUUCAGAUUAUAUGCUUUUUUAAAAAUUUUGCUUUGCCUUUGAAUAUUCAGCUGCUCUCACAGCUGACUUCCUAACUUUCCUCAGUAACUCCUCAGUUUGGUUUGCUUUUUCUUAAAAAAAAAUGUAUAUA